CUGACAUCAUCCGGGUAUGAGUCAAUAUAACGUUUAUAACGGAUCGUGUUUAGUCAGUACGCUACAUUGACACUGUUCUGUGAAACUGAUACUUCGUGAACGUAGAUGUCGUGAUUCGCUUCGAUGAAUCGUCUGAAGUUCCGCUGAACUGCGAAGCCACGUCGCUCAUUGGCCAGUAUUAGUUCCUUUUGACUACUUCGGCUUCUGCUAUUGGCUGAGCCGCAGUCAGCCUGCCCGUGGACCCGCCUCCUCCCAGCAAAACGAACAGAUUCUGAUUGAUAAUUUAAAGGCAGUCUUUCUGUUCAUCCUUCCAGUGCGCGUCUCCACCGUUUUUACACAAAGUGUUUCAGCCAGCCGGUCUUACCGCUCGACCCAAGCGGACACCAAGCUCCCAGCGGUACCGGGUGAAGCCUCGGUGGCGUGAAGGCAGGUGUUGAGGACUGUCUUUCUCUCUCUGCCUCAUUCUAUUGUUCUGAGUCAUGGCGUCCUCUCUGCUCAGCAGGCAGCUGGUCCUCUCCCUCCAGCAGAACCUCAGGCUCACUGCACCAGGCUGCAGGUAUGCGAGUAAGGCAGCAGCUAAGACUCAGAUGGAGUUUGAAUACGACGGGCCCUCCAUGAAGACCGAGGUCCCAGGACCCCGUUCCAAGGAGCUGACCAAACAGUUGGGAGAGAUGCAGAACGUGGGAGCAAUCAAUUUCUUCUGUAACUAUGAGGAGAGCAGAGGAAACUACCUGGUGGACGUGGACGGAAACCGCAUGCUGGACGUCUACACACAGAUCUCCUCUAUUCCUAUUGGAUACAACCAUCCCUCACUCAUUAAAGUGAUGUCCAACCCCAACAAUAUGAGUGCGUUUGUGAACAGGCCAGCUCUUGGGAUCAUGCCACCCGAGAACUUUCCAGAAAAGCUGGCAGAAAGCCUUCUCUCGGUGAGUGACACACAACACACACAACACACAACACACAACACACACACACAACACAACACACACACACACACACACACAACACACAACACACAACACACACACAACACACAACUUCCCCCAUUUAAAUAGACCAGACACUAACUA